AUGAAAAACAAAGGGAAAAGGAUAAAUGAUACAAGGCAAACGUCCAUUUCAUUGAUCUUGUCUUAUAUUUUCAUUUCAUCUCUUCUUCAUUUUCGAAUCUUUUUUCUCUCUCAAACACCAGAUUCUAGAAAGAAGAAGAGGAAGAAGAAGAACGGAUAAUCGUCAUGGCUUCGCCGAGCAAACGCCGAGAGAUGGACAUGAUGAAAUUGAUGAUGAGUGAUUACAAGGUGGAUACAAUCAACGACGAUUUGCAGAUGUUCUAUGUGACAUUCCAUGGACCCACUGACAGUCUUUAUCAAGGAGGUGUGUGGAAGAUAAAAGUCGAACUCCCUGAAGCUUAUCCAUACAAAUCUCCAUCAGUUGGAUUUGUUAACAAGAUUUAUCACCCCAAUGUAGAUGAAUCUUCGGGCGCAGUUUGCUUAGAUGUAAUAAACCAGACAUGGAGCCCGAUGUUUGAUCUUAUCAAUGUUUUCGAGUCAUUCCUUCCGCAACUGCUUCUGUAUCCAAACCCAUCAGAUCCUUUUAAUGGAGAAGCUGCCUCUCUGUUGAUGCGUGACCGCGCAGCCUACGAGCAGAAAGUCAAAGAGUAUUGUAAGACAUAUGCUAAACCAGAGGACAUAGCACCUCAGGAGAACUCAAGUGAUGAUGAUGAUGAUGAUGAUGAUGAUAGCAUGAGCGAAGCUGGUUCGGACUCUGAUGACAACGAAGAAAUUGCUGGAAAAGCCGAUCCAUGACUGUUACAAAUCAAUCUUUCUUUGCUCUUUCAUUAGUUCAUUUCCAGAUAUUAAACCAUUAAUGUCCAUUGACAAAGAGGAGUUAACUUUCCUCUGUAAAUCUGUAAACCCUUAUGAUUAUUCUUUAGGAAUAUUGAAAUUUCCUUUGUUUUAACUGUAAAUAAAAUGUAACAAUUUGCAAUCAAUCCUACAACAAUAAUAAUAGAACAUGAAUCCAGUU